ACAGUGAAGAAUCAAUUGCGUUGCUUGUCUGGUAAUUCAACUGGUUUCCUUGGCAAAUUGUCCUGGCUUGUAUCCUUCACUGAAUCACAAGCUCAGCCUCGAAUCUCGAGCUUCUAGAACAGACUUGAUGCUGUUAUUGUUCGUUCGAGGAGUAGUAGUAGUAGAGCAAUGAGAAGUCACAAAGCGGCGUCGAGUAACAACCACCUCAACCGGCGGCCCACUAUUCUCUACCUGGUUUGCGCCGUCGCCUUCUUCUCUCUUUUCCUUUUCGCCAUCCAAUCCUCUUUAUUCGCAGGUAAUCACAAGUUACAUCUCCACACUCAACAUGAUGUUCGGGUUUUAUCGGAAUUUCAGUCUACUGUUACGCAAUGCGUGGCAAACAGAGGGCUUGGUCUGACUGCGCACAUUAUCGACCAUUGCAAUCUGAAUCUUAAGUUCCCGGACGGAACUAACAGCACCUGGUAUAAUGAGCAGUUUAAAACUUUUGAAGCGCUCGAGUACCACUACAAUGUUUGCGAGGCACUUCUUUUAUGGGAGCAGUACCGGAACAUGACGACUGUAUUGACAAGGGAGUAUCUAGAUGUUCGGCCUAAAGGUUGGGAGGAGUAUGCAGCACAAAGGAUAGCACAAUUGGGAACUAAGAAAUGCUACAAUAAGACACUUUGUGAGGAACAUCUUAAUGUGAUACUACCAGCAAAGCCACCUUUUCAUCCUCGGCAAUUUCGCACAUGUGCAGUUGUUGGAAAUUCAGGAGAUCUUUUGAAGACGGAGUUUGGAGAAGAGAUUGAUAGUCAUGAUGCUGUUUUAAGGGAUAAUGAGGCUCCUGUUAAUGAGAAAUAUGCCAAGUAUGUGGGUCUGAAGAGAGAUUUUCGGCUUGUUGUAAGGGGUGCUGCUCGAAACAUGGUUGCCAUAUUAAAUGGGUCCGCUGAUGAGGUACUUAUAAUCAAAAGUGUUACACACAAAGACUUUAAUGCAAUGAUCAAGGGUAUUACAAAUCCAGUCUACCUUUUCCAAGGUAUUGUGCUCCGCCGAGGUGCCAAAGGAACUGGAAUGAAAUCAAUAGAACUAGCACUAUCUAUGUGCGACGUUGUUGACAUAUAUGGUUUCACUGUUGAUCCUGGCUAUACUGAAUGGACACGCUACUUCUCUACACCUAGGAAAGGUCAUAAUCCACUUCAAGGAAGGGCAUACUACCAGCUCCUAGAGUGCCUUGGUGUUAUUAGAAUCCAUUCUCCCAUGAGAUCUAAGAGAAAGCAAGAUUGGUCAGAUGUUCCAAGUCGAGAAAUGAUAGGCAGAGCUCAUGCAGCUGCAUUGCGAUUAAAGAGGGGUGAGGCUGGUGACUUGGGACAGUUUGGUAGUUGCAAGGUGUCCGGCAAUGUGGACCCUGACAAAGUUGGGCCUGUCUCAGGCUCUCCAGACAUGAGUGAUAAAAGAAAGUUUUCAAAUUACAAUAAAUGGGAAGUUUUGCCCUUCAAGAGUCUGAGGAAGGAGGCACAGGACCACUAUAUUCAAAUGGAAGGUGUUUCUCUUUACAAAAUGGAUGGCAAUAAGUUGGAUGACCUAGUAUGCGUGAGGCAUUCCUUAUCAGAUGUCUAGCCAAGAAAUAUCCUGCGUUUGAGUCUUUAUGGAUUUAACUUGGAUGGUUAAGAGCAGACCCAGCCGUGUGUUCCCGGUUUCUCCUUGACUUGUUGAAAUUUCAGUGAGAUGGUCUUCAUCCCGGUGGAUUAUGGAACGCGACUUGUCUUACUUCUCUCGUUAUACUUGGAUCAGUGGUCGUGACAUGGGAGGAAUCUGAAGCUGCCUUGCAGUGGGAGAGAUGUCGACAAAAAUCGAAUUCUUGUAUUUUUUGGGUUACAUUUGUAGAGAUUUUUGGAAGUGGAAAGAUGUAUGGAAUACGCAUAUAUGGUGGCUUAAUUAAUGAUUGUAAUAGAUUCUUUUCAGUGUAUACUACAUAGAUAUUCGUUAUCCAACGGAGGAAUGUAAACUGAUUUAAGUGACACUUUGUUUUAUUCGAGGAAAUUUCAGUGUC